AUUUUUCUUUUCAAGUGUAAGGGCCCUGGUUGUUCCUGCCUCCCAUCCUUCUGUCUACUGUUAGUGUUUGGAGCCCAGCCGCCUAGUCCUCGUGAAACGGAAAGUGUAGUUUUGUAGUAAUCUCUGCAGUGGUAGCGACGUUUUUGUCUAUUAUUAGUUCUCUGAGAUGAGAACGUGUUAAACUGGCAGUUUCUUCUUAGCACACCUCCCACAUAGACAUUCAAAGAUCUUUCACUGUAUCUUUUAAUGCACCCUUCUAACAAACCGGAGUCCAAACCAGUUUUUAGAGGGAGUACGUUAACCACAGAGUGGCAUCCAACUGUACAGUGACAGAUAUAUUUACUCUGUGUGUGGGAUGGUGGCAAGUCAACCAGAGCAACUGGUAGAAGGGGCCUUGUCUGAGAGAUGCGGAAGGGGAGGAAUAAAAAAGAUUGGUUGUUUGCCCUGAAACUUGCCAGUCUUUUUUUCUUUUCUCCAUCCAAUUGCAUGAGUUGGUCAAAUAAAUCACAUUCUCCCCACAAACCCACUUCCAUCCUUACACCCUCAAAGCUACAACACUGCUAGUAAGAUCAGAAAUGUGUAAUUGCUGUUGGGCUGGUAUGUGAGAUCAGAUAAGCAGAAGGAAGCCAGGCUUUUGCAAGCUGGAGAGGAGGAGGACAAUGAGAUUAAUCAGUGCUGUAAGUGGUUAGAGAGCUGCCAAGGAGAAGAAAUACGGGUCCUUUUUCUGGAAGCUGUUCUUCCCCCUGAUAUAACCCAGCCUCUCCCAGUUUGAACUAAACUGGUGAUACUGGAGCAAUAAAUGAUAAGUUCUGAACUUCAUACAAAUGUGCUGCUGCUUGUGUGGUACGAUCCUGAACUCGCCGAAGUCAGUGGGAGCUUUUGUGAUUUAUGUCGGCAUAGUUCGUGCCAGGAUUUCAGUCCUGCACAUAAACAGAGCGAGGCGGCUCGUUGCUAAGCUUGCUGACGUGUACAGCACACCCGCUGACUUGAACUCAUGAGGCGCUUAGCCGAAAUAUUUGGUUUGGAUGCUCAGCCUCUGAAGUCAGCGGAGGGACAGGGACACUUCCCAGGGGUGACUUGGACCUUUAGCAUGAUGGCUCGCUGGAGUUGCCUCUUUUCCCUGACUGCAGAUGAAGCCUCGGUCAAGCAGGAUCCUGCCUGCAGCUUUCUGGUAACCUGAGUCUAAAGGGGUGGCAGUAGCCUUUGCCUUGUUUUUAAGCCCUGCUUUAAUAGAGAUUUGGGAUGGUGUCAGUGACAGGUGAUCUGUGUACAGCAGAGAGCUGCCUGGUCAGACAAUCAUUGUAUCUGCUCCACUAUCUUCUUUUCCCUCACUUUUGGCCUUCUUUGAGUUACUGCUUGUGUUUUGGUCCCAGGGGAAGCAGUCGGUUCGUGACACCUUCAGCUUCCCAGCGAAAGGCCUCCCUCUGCCGGGACUGACCUAUCCUCUGGCUCCUUUUAGCUUUUCCAUCUUCAGCAGCUUAAUACAAGGUAUGAUAAAGCCUCACGAUACUUGUUAGUCCUCAGGGGUCCAUUGCCUCCCCCCUACAGCAGCCUUCCUCAGGUACUGACCUAGGGAGCUGCAUCCUUCCGUUCAAUAGGAUCGAGAGUGACAGCAGCAUUGCUAUACUGCCUUGUGUCGACUGGGGUGCAGCCUUUGGGUUUUUACAGAAGACGUAAUUUCUUAGAAACUGCCUCAAACUCAAUGUUGCAUGUAACCUUCUCCCUCAACACCGUCACUGCAAAUUCCAAGUACCAUUUGUUUAAGACUGCAGCUGUAUUAUUUCAAAGGAGCUAGUUUGCUCCCUUACGUUUGUCCAAGGAUGAUUGGGCAGGAGAGCGCUCGCAAGAACUGGGUAGAGAGGCAGUUUUGGAGGGUUUGCUCCUUGGUUUAAAAUGAAGCUUCUGGUGGGUUAAGAAUGAAGCAGUGAGAAUGCUGCCGUGUCUGGGAUGCAAACCACACUGAAGCCAAGCAGUCCUUUCAACCAGUGUCUUCUAGAGCUGACCUAGGCUCUGAUGUUACACCACUGAAGGCAGUGGGAACUUAGCCGUUCAACAGAGUUUGAGCCAGGUCAGGCACUGCAGAAAGUUAUGCCAAACAGGUGGAAAUCGGGACCUGGAAUCUAAGAAUUGGGUAGUAACAACUAGAUGAUAACUUGGGACUCUAACUGUCAGUGCGUAUUGUGAAACUUGGUGUUUAAGAGGAAGUAAUCUGCAGCAGAAGGAGGAAAAAAACAGAACCCGAAACAAAUCUGCUGGCGAAAAGCAUGUAUACUGCCUCUUUUAAGUAGAGUUGGGAGUAACAUCAGACUAUAGCAGGACAUCCACACAGGAGGAGGUCUUCCAGGAUGAUUGUGAAAAAAGCAUUAAAAACAUCCCUGAUGUUUAAUGAGUCUUCCAACAUGAAAUUAAGCGUGAACAAUCAAAAAGACGUCAAAACGUUUCAAAUCUUAGGGGCAAUUUUGAUACUUGGUGUUGUCCUGAUCGCUGUUUACUUCAUGAGAGUGGACAGCAUAGUUGAUUCUAAUGGAGAAGAAGCAGUUGUCAGCAUUUACAAAGGGUUGGAGGAGGAAGAAGCACUCUAUGGAGAUCUCCCGGGAACCACAGUAAUUGAGGAGGACACCAAUAGACCCAAUGACUCUUGCAGCUUUGAACUUGUGGAAAAUGUUCCUUAUGACUUAGCUUUUGAGAUAAAUAGCACUGCAGCCAAACCCUUGUACCAAGCCUGGAUGAGACUCCUUGAUGUAGCCCAAGAAAAAAUUCACGUGGCGUCUUACUAUUGGUCUCUUACUGGGAAGGAUAUCAACGUCAAUGAUUCAUCUUCCAAGCAGGGUGAAGAUAUUCUGAAGAGGUUUGAGAGAUUACUCGCAGAGAAUAUCUCUGUGUAUGUUGCAGCAAGUAUGCCAACUUUGGCUACAAAUUCAACUGACCUUGAGCUUUUAGAGGAAAAAGGGGCUCAUGUAAAAAAGAUUGAUUUUGGACAUUUGGCAGGAGGAGUGUUGCAUAGCAAAUUCUGGAUUGUAGACAUGAAACACAUAUAUAUUGGUAGUGCAAAUAUGGACUGGAGAUCUUUAUCUCAGGUGAAAGAGUUUGGUGCUGUGAUAUACAACUGCAGCUGCUUGGCCAAAGAUCUCUGGAAAACAUUUAGUACUUACUGGGAUCUUGGACAUGCUAAUGCUACCAUCCCAUUCCCUUGGCCUCUUAAUUAUUCUACCCACAUUAACAAGCAUCGGCCUCUGGAAGUAGAAUUUAAUGGAGUCUUGACAAAAGCCUAUUUUUCUGCUUCUCCUCCAGCGUUUUGUCCAGAAGGUCGCACCCAUGACCUCUUUGCUAUAAUCAGUAUUAUCAAUGAGGCACAGAAAUUUGUCUAUGUUUCUGUUAUGGAAUAUUUCCCUACCAGCCGUUUUGUUCAUCCAGAAAGAUACUGGCCAGCCAUUGACAAUGCUCUGAGACGCGCAGCUUUCAACUACAGAGUACAAAUCCGGCUUCUGGUCAGCUGCUGGACCGGCUCUGACCCAGCCAUGCUCUACUACCUGAGGUCCCUGCGUGCUCUCAACAACCCACAUGCCCACAUCAGUGUUGACGUGGCCAUAGGCACUAGGCUGGAAUGCAUCAAGUGGAGUGGGGAUGGUGUGGAAGCUCCCAACACGGUGCAGUUACCACAACAGAGAGAAGUCACAGAAAAACUCUUCAUUGUUCCAGUUCUGAAUCACACAAAUAUUCCUCAUGGGAGAGUGAAUCACAACAAAUAUAUGGUCACUGAUAAAGUAGCCUAUAUUGGGACUUCCAAUUGGUCAGAAGAUUAUUUCAUUAAUACAGCUGGCGUGGGACUAAUUAUCAAACAGAAUUUGACCAACCUGCAAAGAAAGCAACUGCCUAUCCAGGAACAAUUAAAAAACCUUUUUGAGCGAGACUGGAAUUCCAAAUACGCAGUAAAUCUGGAAGAUGUGCAGGGACAGAAAGACUGUAACUGGAGAGGCAGGCUCUGAAGUGAAUUGAAAUAUAAAUUUAAAAUAAAAACAAAAAAUAUAUUUGAAUCUUGUUCCCCGUGCAAAACAAGGAGCUUUCUUCUUUAUGUCUUUGUCAGAGAAAUUGCUUCCUCGUGGUGUCCACACUGUUUGAUGACAUGAGAACUUCUUAUAGUUGACCCUACCUGCAAAACCAUUAGUCAGUGUGUGACAUUUCCUUUUUUGCAUGAUGACCUCAUCCCAGAGUUAAUGAAAUGCAUACAGUGUUAUAUGACAAGCUGUCUGAUAUCAAAGCAAACAUGGAAGAUACAACCAGAUAUUAAUACAUCAGAGAUGCAGAUUGCUAUUGCUGUGCUAUUUUGUCUGAGGAAGCUAUAUAUUUCAACCUUAAUGUUCCAUUAACAGUGUUUGCUUAUAUGUGUUUAAGCAUAUUUUUAAUAAACUCCUGGCCACUUUAA